UAACGGGCAACAUGUAAUAAAAAUCACAGGUACGGCAAACGCAUGAACUGAUCUGGAAAAUGGAAAAUGGAAAAUGGAAAAUGCAAAAUGCCGAAUCUGCCAACACCUUCUUCUUAGCUGUGCACUUUUUCUUCAUCUUCCUCAACUCUUCACUCUUUCUUUCUCCUUCUCUCUGAUCUGACAUUCUGACCCCUCCAAAUUUCCCAACUUCUUUUGCUGGGUGAAAAAUGUUCAAGAAUUAAUCCCUAAAUUAACGAAACUUCCCGAAGUAUUUUUUACUUGAGCAAUUGGUUGAAAUCGAUUCUGGGUUCGAAAGCAUUUGAAAAAUGGCGGGUCAGAAUCAAGGAGUAAAUAUGGAUCAAUUUGAGGCGUUUUUUAAGAGGGCAGAUUUGGAUCAUGAUGGUCGGAUUAGUGGUGCCGAAGCCGUCGCUUUUUUUCAAGGAUCUGGCUUGAAUAAACAAGUUCUUGCCCAGAUAUGGAUGCAUGCCGAUCAGAAUCGUGGUGGUUUCCUUGGUCGUCAAGAGUUUUUUAAUGCUCUCAAACUGGUAACCGUUGCACAGAGUAAGCGAGAAUUGACCCCAGAUAUUGUCAGGUCAGCAUUGCAUGGACCAGCUGCAUCUAGGAUCCCUCCCCCACAAAUAAAUCUUCCACCUGCUCCUACACCUCAGUCAUCUUCCGUGUCUAGUUCACCUGCAAUGCAGAUGGGUUCUGGGAUGCCUUCUGCGUCACAAAAUCUUGGUUAUAGAGGACCUUUACCUCCUAACCAGAACAUGCAGCAGCAAUAUUUCCCAUCUCCAGGGAACCAGUUCAUGAGGCCCGCUCAAGGCCUUCCUUCUAGUUCUGCUUCACUUCCUAUUCAAAGUGGUCACGGUCUUCCUAAUUCAGGUGUCUCACCAACUGGGGUUCCAAACUCUGGCUUGUCAAUUCCUGGUCGUCCAAGCCUAGGCAUGUCGAAUCCUGGUUUUCCAAGCUCUGGCAUGUCGAAUCCUGGUUUUCCAAGCCCCGGCAUGUCGAGUUCUGGUUUUCCAGGAUCAGGUUUGUCGGCUCCUGGUGUCCCAAGUUCUGGAAUGUCUCCAUCUGUUGUUCCAAAUUCAGGAAUAUCAACUCCUGGUCAUCCAAACACUAGUGUCUCAGCCAAUUGGAUGGGUGGAAACAUGAGUGGGGUUCCAUAUGGACACAUGUCUCAGGUUCCUAAUAAGGGGACUACUCCAUCAACACCACAAACUAUGCCAGUGACCUCUCAAACUGCAAACAACAGUUUUAAUGCAACUGCUGCUUCUCCUUCCAAUCCAGUUUCUGGAGGUGACCCUUUUGCUGCCUUUUCAAUGAGCAAACCAGGUGCUUCUCCAGCAACAUCUUCGGCUAUAGUUCCUGUAUCUAUUUCACCUCCAGCAUCCUCUAUGACGACUUCAUCAGCAAUUGUUCCGGUAGCCUCUGCAACUCAGCCUCCAUUAAGAUCAAGUUCUCUUGAUUCAUUACAGAGCGCCUUUGUGAAGCAACCUGUGGGUGGUCAGCCACAAGCUUUCUCAAACCCGUCUCAGUCUUUAUCUCAAGUCAGUUUCUCUGGUGUUUCACCCGGUAAGUCUACAUUAGAACAAUCCCAGCCACCAUGGCCAAAGAUGACUACUCCUGGUAUUCAGAAAUAUACCAAAGUAUUCAUGGAGGUUGACACUGAUCGAGAUGGAAAAAUCACCGGUGAACAAGCACGUAACCUGUUUCUGAGCUGGAGACUACCAAGAGAGGUUUUAAAGCAGGUGUGGGACUUAGCUGACCAGGAUAAUGACAGCAUGCUAUCUUUGAGGGAGUUCUGCAUAGCCCUAUAUUUGAUGGAGCGGUAUAGAGAAGGCCGUCCUCUUCCAUCUUCACUUCCCAAUAACAUUAUGUUUGAUGAAGCUCUGAUGCGGGUGCCAGGUCUUCCAAAUUCAUCGCAUGGUAAUGCAGCCUUGGGAGCAACAUCUGGUACUGGUUACAGGCCAGUUCUGGGAAGCCUUGCUUCUUCACCUGUGGUGCCUGCAGCUGGUUUAAGGCCAGUCAUGCAGCCAUCUCCUCAGCCUGACAUGACCGGACAAUUCCAGCAGCCAAAGUCAAGAGCACCUGUAUUGGAUAAUUCCCAAGUAAACCAUUUCCGUGACGGUGAGAAGAAUAUUCUACAACCAAAUGCUCCAGAAACAAAUUAUGCGGAAAACAAGGUUGAAAAGGCGGAGAAAGUAUAUCUAGAUUCCAGGGAAAAGCUUGAGUUCUACCGUACAAAAAUGCAGGAACUUGUUCUGUACAAAAGUCGAUGUGAUAACCGACUGAAUGAGAUCAUCGAGAGGGCAUCUGCAGACAAGCGUGAGGCGGAUUUACUUGGAAAGAAAUAUGAAGAAAAGUAUAAGCAAGUUGCAGAAAUAGCCUCCAAGCUAACUAUUGAAGAGGCUAAUUUCCGAGAAUCUCAGGGGCGAAAAGCAGAGUUACAGCAAGCAAUUAUUAACAUGGAACAAGGUGGAAGUGUGGACGGUAUUCUUCAGGUCCGCGCUGAUAGGAUACAGUCAGAUUUUGAGGAUCUCCUAAAAGCUUUGUCUGAACGCUGCAAAAAACAUGGAAUAGAGGUUAAGUCAGCAGCAUUGAUUGAGCUUCCUAAAGGUUGGCAACCUGGAAUUCAAGAAGAAGCUUCUGUCUGGGAUGAAGAAUGGGACAAGUUCGAAGAUGAAGGACUCCAAAUUGACAAGGAGGUCGGAACGGACACACAAAAUGUCAGGGCUUCUCCGAGAUCCACAUUAUUCGAGAAUGGAACAUACUCUCAUGAUGAUGAAUAUAGCAUUGAUUCCUCAUCAAAUGUGGAUGCCAAGUCAGAGAAGCAAUACAGUAAAGGUGAACAGUCUCUUUAUAGUGAGUCCGCACACGGCCACAGUGAAGAUGAUUCUGCAAGAAGCCCACAUGGAAGCCCAGCACAUCGAGCCACACCGGAAAGCCCAUCACAAGAUUUUUCAGAUAUUUUUGCUCAGAGUGAAGCAGAUACAGAUUUCAAUCGAAGCUUUGAGGACCAGGGUUGGGGCAAUUUCGAUGGUACUGAUGAUGCAGAUUCAGUUUGGGGAUUUAGUUCCAAGGAGCAGCAUGGGGAUCGCCUGUUUGAAUCUGGUGGCUUUGGUUUAAGUCCUCGAACAGAUUCACCGCAAGGGGGAAGCAGUUACAAUAAAAGAAGCCCAUUUGCUGAUUCCGUGCCAGGAACACCAUCGUUCUCUAAGUCUCCAAGAUACAGCAGCGAGACUGGGGACAACUUGUUUGAUAAUUAUUCAAGGUUUGAUUCCUUCAAUAUGAAUGAAAGCAGCCGGUUUUCUCCACCACGUGAAAAUCUUACAAGGUUUGACUCCAUAAGCAGCAACAGGAGUGGUUUUGGUGGUCAUAAUCGAGGAUUUAAUUCAUUUGAUGAUGCAGAUCCAUUCGGGUCUUCUGGACCUUUUAAGGUCUCUGAAACACCCAAGAAAGCUUCAGAUAAUUGGAGUUCAUUCUAGAUAAGAUCAACUCCCAUCUUCAAUUGGCUGGGCAAAGUCAUAUAUAAUUAUAGCAGCCAUUUUUUGUGUGUUUGUAUAGUAAAGAGCUCUAGUUGGUGUUGUAAAUUCGUCAGUAUUUGUGCCUUUGUAAUGUUUUGUAGACUCAUCAACAUUUUUUCUCCUGAACUUUGUGCAUUAUUUUUUAUUUGUGAAUCGACAGCACCCUUCUAUGUCAAGGGUUGAGAGUAUAGGAUAGUAAAAGAAACUCGAUGAAACUGUGGUCCAUAAAAUUUACAUUGUAUUUGAUAAAAAUAUUUGUUUGA